AUGCAGUUCUUCGCCACCGCCCUCUUCGCUGCCGCCGUCGUUUCGGCUGACGCCGUGUUCCAAGUCACAAACUUUGCCGCCGCUUGCGUCCCGCACAGCGUCGAAUGCAAGUACUCCUUCAAUGUGAUGCAGAUGAAUGCCGGCGAGACAGUCGCGAACAUCUGCUCCGCCUCGGCUGUCUCUUCCAACACCCUCCCCGCCAUUACGGACGGCAAAUGCAACAACUCUUACCGCACCUUCACCGUCACCCGCGACCACACCGCCGGCCUGACCCUCGCCGUGACCCAGAUGGUUUCCCCCGCGAGCAACCAGGUGGCCACGCACCUUAUUCCCCUGUCCCAGAUUACUACCACGAACGACAAGGUUGCCAACGUUGAGAGCUACAACGGCCCUACCAGCUUCACUCUCAGCGAUUAA